GUGUCCUACAGACUGCUACUAGUAUCUUUCUACCAUGUCUAACGCGGCAGCCAAGCUCGUUUUCGUUGCAUGUCUUGUUAUCAAUGCACUUUUAUGGUCUCAGAGUCGAUAUGGGCACCACAAGUCUACUCUAGUUUCCCUAUGGAAGCGGGAGUUAACAGAGAAGAGCUGUUCACCUCUAGCAUAUGAACUUUCAUCGCAAUGCGCACACGUUCUAGAGUCAUGUCCAUUACCUUCGACGUUCCUCAGUAUUCCCUACUUAUCCCACUACUUCUGCGCCCCAGCACAACUCCGACCUCUCAUCUUCGCCGGAUUACUCCUCUGGCUGCUCUUUCUAUUCAGCACACUAGGAAUAUCUGCAUCUGACUUCUUCACUCCAAACUUGGCAACAAUCGCAACAUUCCUAGGUCUCGAUGAAAAUGUCGCCGGUGUCACCUUCCUCGCUUUCGGUAAUGCCUCCCCGGACGUGUUCAGCACUUUCUCUGCAAUGCGGGCAGACUCGGGCAGUCUUGCAAUUGGAGAACUACUUGGAGCAGCUUCAUUCAUAGUAAGCGUCGUCGCAGGCAGCAUGUGCAUCAUAAAGCCAUUCAGGGUCGAACGCACACCCUUCCUCAGGGAUGUCGGCUUCUUUACCCUCUCCGUCGUCGUCCUCCUCGUCAUACUCCAAGAUGGCCUUAUUAGAGCAGCGGAGUGCGCAUUCUUGGUCGCAAUGUACGUGUGCUAUGCAGUAGUCGUCGUGGUCGGAAGCUGGUGGGAACGGCGGCGCGAACGAAGGGAAAGGCUAGAAGCUCUCAUCCGAGCAGAAUACGGCGAAGAUGAGACCGUAGUGGAACCAUAUCAUGACCUAGUCACUCCCGCUGACACCCUCACCGUGCCCCUCUCCCCACCAACCCGAAGUCGCGCAGCAUCAUGCCCCCAGCCCCCACGACUUUCACUCGCAACUCCUGCAUUCCCUCGCCCCUUAUCAUCCUCUUUCCACGCACUGUCCCCUGGUGGGGCCCGUACUCCCUCGCCCCUCACCUCACCUCACCUCUCACAGAUGCCAUCCUUCUCCCUGGUCGGAGCCCUCGAGUUCAGACAGGUGGUCGCAAGCCUACAAGCACACGCCGCUUCGAGCAGCUUAUCUAUCUUCGAGAGCCCUAUCACCCCUUACGCCGGUGGCCGCUACCACCUACACGGGAGCCAUGCAAGCCGCACUCCAUCGAGCGAGGUAGAUCCUUGGGACUCGACAUUAGGUGUCCCUCUCGACGAACGUAGCCCAAGACUACUCGUGAAUGAUAUGAUCCCAGAGGGCCACGAACCAUCCCCCUCACCGUCUACAACCGACGUGCAGGCACACGCCUCUACCUCAAUCUCACCCAUCCCUUCCAUCUCGCAUACACCUGCGUCUCCAACUGAUGCUGCGUCCACGACGACUACGGAGGUGGAGCCGUAUGUCCCGCCCUCGAAACUCCAGCGUGUAUGCCGAGUCGUCAAAAAGACCUAUUAUAUCCUCUUCCCUGCGCUGCAUCACUUUAAAGAGAAGAAUAUCCUAGGGAAAAUAGCCAGUCUGCUUGCAGCGCCUGCUGUGAUGGCGCUCACCCUGACAUUACCAGUCGUCGUCGUCCCGUACGACUCCAAUGGAUCCGCAUCAGAAAAACACAAACGCCAUCACCAUAGUGCUGGCGAGGAUGGCCGCUUGGUGGAGUUCGAGGAAGACGGCAUCGAACGUGCCUUGAUCGCGGAGGAGGUGAUGCAGCCGGACCUGCACGAGAUUGAGUUCAAUAAAUGGUUGAUGGCUGCUCAAUGCGUGUUAGGCCCUUUGUUUUGUCUAGGAGUGUUAUUCCACGACGCGAAUCACCUUCCAUUCCUCGUGUUAGGGACGGCUGUGUGCGGAAUUGCAGUUGCUGCGCUUGUACUCGUGUUUGCGGAUGGUAGAAGUCACCCUACUGCGCGUAUGGCGCGGUGUAGUAUGGGCUUCUUGGUUGCUAUCGCAUGGAUCAUGGCAAUCGCCGAUGAGGCUGUUAAUGUAUUACAGACAUUCGGUUUUAUUUUUGGACUCUCAGAUGCCAUAAUCGGCCUCACCAUCUUCGCAGUAGGCAACUCCCUCGCAGAUCUCGUAGCAAACAUGAGCGUAGCUGUAUUCGCCCCGAUCAUGGGUUUCUCCGCCUGCUUCGGCGGUCCCAUGAUGAACAUCCUCCUCGGCGUCGGUAUCUCCGGCAGCUACGUCAUCUCCCAGUCCUCUGGUCAACCCUAUGAGCUCCAUUUCUCCCCUACGCUUAUGAGCAGUACAUUCGGCUUGCUCUCGCUGUUGAUUGUAACGCUCGUGAUGGUACCGAUGAAUGGGUAUGUGUUGAGUAGGUCUUGGGGGAUAUUUUUAGUCGGGGCGUAUUUUGUGGUUAUGGGUGUUAAUUUGUGGGUGGAGUUGAGGUGGUAGGUGGGUGGUGGGGGUGAUGGUGCAGAUGGUGAGAUGUAUCGAUAUAUACGCUUGGCAUUUUAAGGCUGACGGAUGGUGCUUGGCAUUUGGGACUUGGCAUUGGAUGUUAUCAUGUUUUAACUGUUAUACCUGCAUCUGAUGUUGCAGUGCACUGCUUGGAUAGAUGCUACUUCACUCUGCAUCGUGUAUGCAUACAUUCGAUUGAUGAUCAAUGAUCAUUUCCUCCUCCUGCUGUAUUCGGGAGGUUUGUAUUUGUACGCUUCGUAUCAUCCGACGGCUUCUGCUGCUUCAUCGUUGUAUUCAUGUGGCGUGGCAAGACGGCGUAAUUGCCUCAUAUUUAUAAGUCCUUGCCUUAUUUACGCUCGUUUGGAAUA